GGUCGGUCGAGUCUUCGUUCCGGUUUUCAUCGGGAGCAAUUAGCUCCGAGUCUCCUUCACUGCGCCGGCGCUAGCCGCGCGUUCGCCCGUCGGGGCCCCCCGCUUGCCUGCCGCUGCCGACACAACAUCUUUUGGCGACGAAGAUGGGAUUCCCGCAGCGGUUCCGACCGAAGCCCCGGGACACCAACGAGCUUCGCCCACCUCGAAGCGGCCGGCGGUGGCGACUGGACGGACGCACGACGAGCGUCCGCGCUCGUCAGCGCUCUCGGGCGUGAGGGACAACGGAAGUACUUUGCAGACGAGGAGCAGGAAGCAGCAAGGCAGUUAACCAGCGCAGCGUCAGCUUCAAGCGAAGCAGCAAGGCAGUUAACCAGCGCAGCGUCAGCUUCAAGCGAAGCAGCAAGGCAGUCGACCGGCGCAGCGUCAACGUCAAGUGAUGCGGUCCCGCCAGCGUCAGAGUUUCCGAGACUCUUGCAGCGGCUUGACCGGCUGUUCGCCGCGUCAACAAAUGUCCUGGCGGAACGGCACGAAUUCACCAGUCGAAAGCAGUUCGAGGGAGAAGGAUUCCUGGAAUUCGUGACCGCAUUGAAGGAGAAGGCGGUACAGUGCAACUUCGGCACAGCCUACAACGAGCGCGUCCGAGACCAAAUUGUACAUGGGGUAGCGAACGUCUGCGUUCGCGAAAAGUUGCUGGCUCAUGGCGAAACCCUGUCCCUGGACAAGGCAGAAGAAAUUGGACGCUCGUUAGAAGCCUUGCAUCGAGCGAACCGCGCGUUCGGCUCCGAAAAUGUUCGAAGAAUUGAGGCAUCUCAAUUUGGCGUUCCGUUGACGGGCCAAGACGGCCGACUUCUUCCGGGAAGCCGCCGAGACGACCGACUUCUUCCGGGAAGCCGCCGAGACGACCGACUUCUUCCGAGAAGCCGCCGAGAGGGCCGACAUUUCGCACAUGGCUCCUCCGGGAACCGUGGUGCAUGCGAUCGGUGUGGCAGCACGAAACAUAUUGCAACGUAUAGGAAUUGUCCAGCAAGGAACCGGCGGUGCAACGCCUGCCACACGUUGGGCCAUUUUGCAUCAGUAUGCCGAAAAACCCGUACUGUUCAACACGUCUCUUCCGCAGAGACGCUGUCUUCAACUUCCGCAGGGCAGCCGUCCGCGUCUGUCUUGACGGUAAGCGCUUUCGAAACUAAAAAAGAUUUGGAAGUUCCGGUCGUAGUGAACGGCGUCUCCAUGCGACUGCCGGUGGAUACGGGAGCGUCUGUCUCAAUGAUGACGGCCGAAGAUUUUGGAAAGCACUUUGGGCGACAGCACAGACUGUCAAAAAGAGCAGUGGACUUGAGGAAUUUCUCCAGGCAACGCAUCGACAUUCAAGGCCUGUUUCAAGCCACUGUCCAGUUUUUCCAAAGGUCAUGCUCCGUCACGUUCCACGUAACGACUACAGGAACAUCACUGCUGGGUUUAGACGCCAUCCAACGCUUGGGCAUACAGAUCGACGGUACGUCGCUGACAUGUCGUCUACCAUCGCUUCCUUCAGUACAGAGCCCCAUAGGUGUGCCUCCGGAUUUUGAUCACCUUUCCAGUGAUGAGUUGGGUCUCGUCAACAACGUUGUUCACCGAAUUCAUCGGCAGCAAGAUGCGAAACCAGUAUCUUCAAAGUGGCGCCGACUACCCCUGGCUCUCCGUGACCAGGGCACACAUGAAUGGCGACGUCUCGAGGACUGCGACGUCAUCGAGCGCGUCGAGGCUACUGAGUGGGUGUCUCCACUCGUGGUGGUGCGCAAGAGGGAUGGAACCAUGCGGCUCUGUGUAGAUCUGCGGGAACAGGACAGUCUUGUGUCUCAAGUUCAAGAAAGGGUCUUGCAGAAACAGUCGCAGACUAAACAGUACGUAGACAAACGUAGAGGUGCUCAGGCAACUCGUAUCAAGGUGGGAGACACCGUCAGAAUCAGAUUUAACAGGAAAGGAAUUUUUAAGUACAGUAAACCUCGUAAAGUCAAGGCCCAGAUAGGACCAUCUAUUUUUGUACUUAGUGAUGGGAAGACGUGGCAAGUGUCUAAGUUAACCGUAGUGAUGAAUGAUCCAGCAGGUAGUACAUUGUGUACAAGUGAUAGAAACUUUUUGUACUCAUAUUCAAACUUGGAUAGUCAUUCCGAUGACUCGUCUGUAGUGACAUCGUCCUUUCACAGGCAUCACUUAAGUAGUGCAUCUGACUGUAUCGCUUCAGAGUCUACACAGUCGGCAAUCAUUUCUGAUUCCGUGGGGGAAUCGGUAGCAUCCCAGGACUUGUUGGGACUUCGAGAGGAGCUUCCUGGGCAACCCUCUCCAGCUUUGAGCGACAACCACAUUCAGUUUUCCAACCAGGGGGAGGUAAAUAAUAGUGGGACGACUGGGUCUUUAAAGUCGACCGAUACGCGUCGCAACCCCCAAAGUUCUUCUGAGGUACGCACGCGUCCUCAUCGUGACAGAAAACGGCCUCCGUGGCUCGAUGAUUUUGUUUCUGUAGUGUAGAGCGUAUUUACGUCUUUGAAAUGCCACGGCUAGGGGCCUCGUUGAGACAGUCCACAUGUUUAAUUAACACAGGUAUAAAAUGUGCUCCUUGUUGCGGUGCAGUGAGUUUUGUGCCGUGUUCUUUGUCAGACUUAGUGACUGCCUGUGUUUUGGUGCCCAAGACUGGUGCACAUGUAUGUGAACUUGGGCGGGGAUGGAUUGAAUUUGUUGUGGACUUAAGUGCAUGCCUUGUGUGCAUCUGGUGCACGUGUGUGUGAACGUGGGGGGGAACGAACUGAAAUUGCCUUUGGACUUAAGUGCGUGUCUUGUGUGCGCGUUUCACUGUAUGCUUACUUUGUUUCCAGGGGGGAUGAUGUACUAUAGUGUCGCCCCCUGUCAGAUCUCUGUGUCAUCGUACAUGUAUGUUUUGUAGUUGUUUAGCUAGAUGGCGCACCCCCCUUCUGUCAUGCGACAAGCUUGGACCAAUCGGGAGGUGUCAUCUAGCGUGUGAAGCCUUUAUAAGAAUAAACGGCCGCGGGUCGGUCGAGUCUUCGUUCCGGUUUUCA